UUGGAGCGCAGCGUGCACCCGUGCGGCUCGGGCCGGAAGCUGGACUUUUAAGACUUCGGAAAACGGAGGUUGGCUUUAGCUUUAGUGAUCUGAGUGAGAGUCUUGCAAUGCGGAAGGUGGUUCUGGUCACCGGAGCGAGCAGUGGCAUCGGCCUAGCCCUCUGCAAGCGGCUACUGGCCAACAACGAUGAGCUUCACCUGUGUUUGGCGUGCAGGAACAUGGGCAAGGCCGAAGCCGUCCGAGCCGACCUGCUGGCCGCUCAGCCCACAGCCGAGGUCAGCAUUGUGCAGGUGGAUGUGAGCAGCCUGCAGUCGGUGUUUCGGGCCGCCAGGGAACUCAAGCAAAGAUUUCAGAGAUUAGACUAUGUGUAUCUAAAUGCUGGAAUCAUGCCUAAUCCUCAGCUGAAUAUUAAAGCACUUUUAUCGUGCCUCUUUUCAAGAAAAGUGAUUCAUGUGUUUUCCACAGCUGAGGGACUGCUAACCCAGCAAAACAGGAUCACAGCUGAUGGGCUACAGGAGGUGUUUGAAACCAAUGUCUUUGGCCACUUUAUCCUGUUCCGAGAACUGGAACCUCUUAUGUUUCACAGUGACCACCCAUCUCAGCUGAUUUGGACAUCAUCUCGUAAUGCAAAGGAAUCCAACUUCAGCCUUGAGGACUACCAGCACAGCAAUGGCCAGGAACCGUAUAGCUCUUCCAAAUAUGCCACUGACCUCUUGAGCUUGGCUCUGAAUAGGAAAUUCAACCAGCAGGGUCUGUAUUCUAGUGUGGUAUGCCCAGGUACAGUGCUGACCAAUUUAACUUAUGGAAUUCUACCUCCCUUUAUAUGGACACUACUGCUGCCAGUCAUAUGGCUGCUUCGCUUUUUCGCAAACGCUUUCACCUUGACCCCAUACAAUGGAGCGGAAGCCCUGGUAUGGCUUUUCCACCAAAAACCUGAGUCUCUUGAUCCUCUCACCAAAUAUAUGAGUGCCACUACAGGUUUGGGACACAAUUACAUAGUACCCCAGAAGAUGGACAUAGAUGAAAACACUGCUGAAAAGUUUUACCAAAGCUUGCUGGAACUGGAAAGGCAUAUGAGAACUACCGAUCAAAAAUCAGAUAACCAGAGCUGAUGCAGAAGCACAUGUACCUUUGGUCUUUCUCGGCAUAUGGGUUUUGGUUGAGUUGGAUUUGUAAUACACUAUGAGCCGUGCAUGAUUGGCUCUUUUUGUGUGUGUGUAUAUUUAUGGGCACAUGAAAAAAUGAUUGGCACAGUAUUAUAGAUUCCCUGCAAUGAUGUCACGUUAUAGUUACCAGAGUCAUCCAACAGAAUAUCUACACUGGAGCCCAGGCUAGGCUACAGGGUGCUAAGGGUAAGGGAGGGCUUGAAUAAUAGAUACACACAGAGGCAAUCUCCUUUUGGCCACAUCAAGAGGAAGUACUGCCCACUCUUGGAGGGUUAAUAUUAAUGGCCCAUUUAGUUAAUCAUAAGAACAAAAAAUAGGUAUUUGGGUCACUUUAUAUAUAUAAAUGAUAUCUUUUAUUGGUAUUCAAAUAGUCUGUGCUAGUUCCAGAACAUUUUCAUUUUGCUCAUGUGGAACCUGUACAUAGACCAAGUGGCAUUCGUUCAAAUAGAAAGGAGAUACUCUGAUCUAAAAUCAGGGAACAUGUAUCAGGGCUGUAUUCUUUCACUAUAUUUAUAUAAACCUUAAGCUGAACAGAUAAUCCGAAGAACUGGGUUAUGUGAAGAAUGAGGCAGUAGGAUUAAAGGAAGACUAACAAUCGGUGAUGAGAGUAUGACACGACUUUGCUUACUGGAAAUGAAGAGAACUUGAACCACCAUGGUGGUGGAUUAAAAUUAGAGCCUUCGGUAUGGAUGACACCUCAACAUAAAACAAAAAUUCUCACAUCUGCACCAAUGAGCAAUAUUAUGAAAA